AUGAUCCGCUCCCAAGAUCCUCUCGGCCGCUUCCUCUUUGUCGGCACCGGCGGGAAACACAUCUAUGUGUACAAACUGGAAGACCUCGACCACCCCGAAUCGCACACGCUGAUCCAAGCCAUUCCCUCGGAGGUCCCCAGCUUCGUCACCCUCCAUCCGUCCAAACGCUUCCUCUAUGCCUGCAACGAGCUUGAAACCGCCCCAACCGGCUCCGUCUCGGCCUUCUCCGUCGAUGCCGAGUCAGGCCGGCUAACCUGGAUCAGCACGGUCCCGACCAAGGCUCCAGGCCCCUGCCAUGCUCAGGUGCAUCCGUCGGGCGAGUUCCUGGGCUCGGCCAACUAUCACGGCGUCUCGUCGACCAUCUUCGCCAUCGACCCAAAGUCCGGCGCUCUGAGCCCCACCGACAUUGUCGUCCACACCUAUACCGGCAAGGGUCCUCAUCCCGAUCGCCAGGAGUGCUCGCAUCCGCACCAAUUCCACUGGAACGCCGACGGCUCGCUUGCCUACGUUGCCGAUCUGGGCCUCGACCGCAUCCACAUCCACCCCUUCUCGCCCGAGUCACAUCACCGCCGUGCUGCCUCUGCUGCUGCUGCUACUGCUGCUGGACAUACCCAAGACUCGGUCGUCGAUCUGGCGGUGGACGCUAUCCCGGCCCACGCCCCUGGUUCGGGCCCGCGAGUCAUGGCCUUCCACCCAGCCUCGGAUUGGGUCUACCUGAUCACGGAGCUGGACUCGCACAUCCACGCCUAUUCGAUCGACCCGUCCUCGAACGGCUGGACCUUGAUCCAGUCGCUGCCUCUCUCGGCAUCCAACCAAAUCGGCGCCUCGGGGAUCGAGGUCUCGGCGGACGGUCGCUACGUAUUUGCGUCGAUGCGCGCGGACGAGAACACUCUGUCGGUGUUCCGGAUCGACCCCGAUACGGGCCUCCUGACCCAGACUUGCCGCACCAGCACCCUGGGCGAAAUUCCUCGUCACUUUGCCCUCGUCGAUGACCGCUGGCUUGUUGUUGCCAACCAGAUCUCGAAGGAAAUCCGUGUCUUCCGUUUCGACCGCGACUCGGAGACGCUGGUCAGCGUCGGAGCGAUCGAGAAUGUCCCCGAGUGUCCCCAGAGCAUUGCAUUCCUGUGA